AUGGAGGAUUAUAUGAGUGGGAGUGAAGAAGAUUAUUAUUCAUCCGAUCGAGAGGAUUCGCUCGACGGACUCGAGAACGAUGAGUCAGAUUCUAAAUUUGUCCAAUACAAAGCUCCUUCCUGCAAGGUGAUUACGAAAGAGUCUCUUUUAUCUGCGCAGAGGGAAGAUUUGCGUAGAGUGAUGGAAUUGCUAUCGGUGAGAGAACAGCAUGCCAGAACUCUUCUCAUUCAUUAUCGCUGGGAUGUUGAGAAGUUGAUUGCGGUUUACGUUGAAAAGGGGAAAGCCUGUAUCUUUGCUGGAGCUGGUGUAACUGCUGUUGAAAUUGUCAACCUUGAUCCACCAGAAGCUUCUUCUACAGUGACGUGUAAUAUAUGUAUGGAAGAUGUUUCUGCAACUGGGGUGACCAACAUGGAUUGUGGGCACUGCUUUUGCAACAGCUGUUGGACAGAGCAUUUCAUAGUGAAAAUAAAUGAGGGCCAAAGCAAGCGGAUCAGAUGCAUGGCACACAAGUGCAAUGAUAUCUGUGAUGAAGCUAUUGUCAGAAAGCUAGUGAGUGAAAAGCACCCAGAUUUAGCAGAGAAAUUUGACCGAUUUCUUCUCGAGUCAUACAUUGAAGACAACAAAAUGGUGAAGUGGUGUCCCAGUAUACCUCAUUGUGGGAAUGCCAUACGCGUUGAAAAUGAUGAAUUUUGCGAGGUAGAAUGUUUGUGUGGUUUACAGUUCUGUUUCAGUUGCUUAUCAGAAACACAUUCCCCUUGCUCAUGCUUGAUGUGGGAACUGUGGACGAAGAAAUGCCGCGAUGAAUCAGAGACUGUUAAUUGGAUGACUGUGCAUACAAAGCCUUGUCCCAAGUGUCACAAACCUGUUGAGAAGAAUGGUGGUUGUAAUUUAGUCAGUUGCAUAUGUGGGCAAGCAUUUUGUUGGCUUUGUGGUGGAGCUACUGGCCGAAACCAUACCUGGUCAAAUAUUACUAAUCACAGCUGUGGUCGAUAUAAAGAAGACAGUGAGAAAAUGGCCAAGCGUGCAAAGCGAGACCUUUACAGAUACAUGCACUAUCACAAUCGUUAUAAAGCUCAUACAGACUCCUUUAAACAAGAAUCUAGACUAAGGGAGACUGUAAAGGAGAAGGUGUCAAAUUUAGAAGCCACAGAUUCAAAAUUGAGAGAUUUCAGCUGGAUUACAAACGGACUUUGCAGGCUUUUCAGAUCGAGGCGAGCUCUUUCAUAUUCAUACCCAUUUGCAUUCUACAUGUUUGGUGAUGACUUUUUCAAGGAUGAGAUGACGGAAAAGGAAAGGGAAAUAAAACAGCAUUUAUUUGAGGACCAGCAGCAGCAGCUCGAAUCAAAUGUGGAGAAACUCUCUAAAUUUCUCGAGGAGCCAUUUGAUGAGUAUCCUGAGGAACAAGUCAUGCAAAUAAGGAUGCAAGUCAUCAAUCUUACAGUGAUCACUGAUGACCUUUGUAAAAAAAUGUAUGAAUGCAUAGAGAAUGACUUGUUGGGUUCGCUUCAAUUCACUAUUCACAAUAUAGCUCCAUACCAGUCCAAAGGCAUUGAAAGGGCAGCAGAGCUGGCCAUUGGAUGGAGCACACAAGCAGGCAGCAUUAAAAAAUGUCAGAAAGCAGAUGGUCAAGCCAAUGGAUGUAUAAUAGAAUCAGAUGUACCAUCAGCAUCUGGAAUAUCAGAUGAGAGCGAACACUCAUCACGAAAGCGUGCACGAAAAGGAAGUUUCGAGAGCAGCCUGUUUGAUCUCAACUUGCCUGCAAAGUUUAAUUAG